ACCAGGCUACAGUGUAACAGCUCCCUUUCUUUGUUUAACUUUUUGAGGUGGCAAAACCACCUACUGCUGCCAUUUCUUUAUUUACUAAUUUAUCCCUCUUUAAUUAAUAAUCCAGAGGACAUGGGGAUGCCGGGGCAGCUGGCUGCGUUGCUCGGACUCGUCACGUUUCUGCCGAGCGCCUUCUGCUUCUCCGUGGCGGGUCAGGACGGCACUUGCGAGGCGAACGGCUUCGUGUACUACGUGGGUGAGUGGUACUUCCUGGACUCGGAGAACUGCACGCAGUGCGAGUGCACGGCGGAGGGAGCGAUGUGCGUGCAGACAGAAUGCACCGCGCUGCCCGCCGCCUGCAUCCACGUGAGCCACUACCCGAGCGACUGCUGCCCGCGCUGCGAGCGGAUCGGCUGUGAGCACAACGGAGAGGUGUACGAGCUCGGCCAGAGCUUCCAGCCAUCAGAUUGUGAGACGUGCAUCUGUGAUAUCGAUGGGAAGGCCAUUUGCGCGAUAGCGGAUUGUACCCCUCCUGCAUGUGUGAACCCGGUCUUUCAAAAAGGGGAGUGCUGCCCACAAUGCAAAGAUGGGCCCAACUGCUAUGUGGAUGACACUAAGACGCAGAUAAUCCCUGAAGGCGAGGCAGUGUGGGUAGAUUCCUGUACCCAAUGCCAAUGCCAUGACUGGCAGGAUGGUGGCUAUUGGAGGGGCAACCGAGUGGCCACAUGCAUCCGUAUCGACCACUGCAGAGUCAGCAAAGGGAAAGUCUAAAACUCAUACUGUAUAUUUUCCAUUAACAAAAACGUAAAGCUCAGCAGGACCUGGAUUUCAAGCAGAAAAUGGCUUGUGCUACAGCUGAUUGUAGCCUCUGUGAUUAUAAACACAAUGCUUGUAUAACGUGCCUGAUAUUACGGUUAAAUAUUAAAUGACACGGCUGAAUGUUGCUUUGGCUAUGCAAGGGAUAAUCCCAAAUUAAACCCUAGUAUUUAAACUGUAGUGGGAUCAAAAUUGUGAGCACACUUCCAAAAAUAUUAAAGCAGCUAUUCAAAAAUAAUAUGAGAUAUUUUUGACCUUAUACAAAACCAGAGGAGAUUACUUGGUUGUAUAGUAUUUGUAGUAAUUAUUGAUUUCUGGUUAUGUUAAACAGACUAUGUGACCCUAUUGUAGGUGUUAGAAAGUAAGAGUCUGUGAAAUGGAUGCCAUACUGUACAUGUGACAUCAGUCUUUCUUUUGUCCUUGAAUAUUGUUUAGUCUUAUUGCAUUAGAAGUCUGAUAUACUGUACAGUAAGUGAAGUUAUGUACUUCAUAUAAACCAUACAUACCAUACCAUACCAUAGAGCUAAAACUGUUAAUGGAUUACAAUAUCUUUUAUUAGCAGUUAAUGUUGGUAAUGUUUACAUGUAAAUACACUGCCUGGCCAAAAAAAAAAAAAAACAUGAUACAGUAGGUACAUCACUUCCUUUCUUACCCGCUCUGGAAUAAGAUAAAACCACACAACAUUUUCAACACAUUGCUCCAAAGUCUUAUCUUUAUGCUCCCUAGCAAACUGAAGCAUUUCCCCCCUGCCCAAUCUUACCCCAAGUGCACACAUUGCUGUUUAGUCUCAGUUGUUUACCUACUUUCACUUUUAAACAUAUAUAUAAUUCCUACUGUUCAUUUUUACAAUGCAACUUCACAGUGUUUAAGUGAUCUCUGAUCAUUUAUAAUAAAAAUGUAUAAAAAAAAGAAAAAGAAUUUCUUGAAUCUAAUCUAAUUCCAGUAAUUCAACAUUUUAAUUUACCUAAUGCAGGCCAAAAUGUUUUACCUUUCUGAAAUGGCAACUUUCUUCAGAAAAACACAGAUUUUGCUUUGGAACAUGUGUGAAACCAAAAUAUGUACAACUGUUGAACAUAAUUGGUGUAUCUUUAUUUGCUUAUAUAAUAAUGCAUAGAUUAUAAACUAAACAAUUCCAUAAUAAUAAUAAUAAUAAUAAUAAUAAUAAUAAUAAAAAUAAAGAACUGGGUUUAAACCUGAGGUUCCUAAAAAACAAAAGGAAUACAACACUUUGGGUUUAGUGCUUACUCCAAUCCCAUGCAGGCAUGGAAGAGGCUAAUGUACAAUACAGUACUAUACAGUACUAACAAUACUAUAUCUGCAAAUGUCUUAGGCACCAUGAGUUUUGUAGUACAAACUUAGUCAUAAAGUUGUUUAAACUGUAUGACUUUAUUAUUCUGUAGGAUGCACAACACAAUGUAGUAGCAAAUUUCCUUAUCAAACUGUACCAAAUACUUUAUUAUUCUUUGUUUCAUUUAUUAUUGUUUUCUGGGCUUUAUAGCAUUCCUUUUUUUAAAUGCAUAAAAUG